ACUGCGCAUGAGCGACGCACUGACGUGACGUGUCCCGGAAGUGCUGUGGAGCUUCUUGUUUUCUUUCUACUUUCCGCUCUUCGUCGCUUAUUAUCGUCAAAUCAGACUUUUAUAUAAAAAAAAUCAUCGUUUUUUACGCUUGUGUUUUAUUUGACGUUCUCACGGCGGACGUGACGUAGCAGGAAACUCUGGAUAAAAAGCCGAACUAGCUUCCCAGAGGGUUUAGCUAGCAGGCUAACCGGCUAGCUGCUGCUCUCUGUGUGUUUACACGUCGCUCAAACAGACUCGGUUCAGACUGGAGGAUGCGUGACAGCCCGGGGGAGCACGGGUCUGUUCUCCGGCUGUAACCGGGUUCACGUUCAGCUUCCGGGCCGCGGAGAUGAUCAGCUAACGGAGACAGUUCAGUGCAGGUCGAGGCUGGAGGCUCGAACAUGGAAGAUAAAUACAGCAGCAACGUGCUCUCGGGGGGGAAGCUGGGGAUGGUCGAGGUGCCCAACUCCAGGUUAACCAGGUACAUUGUUCUACUGGUCGUCUCCAAGGUCCUCAAGGCUCUUGGGAUCUUUGAGUCGUACGAUAUCCUAAAAGUUGUUCACAUCGUCCAGUUCAUCUUCAUACUGAAACUAGGGAGCGCUGUUAUUCUGCUUUUCUUUCAAAAGCCUUUCUCCUCUGGUAAAGUCAUCUCCAAAAGACAGUGGAUAAAGUUACUGAAACAUGCUGUUUUCAGCUGUGUCGUCUCUCUGCUGGGAUUCUUUGGUCUGACUCUCUGUGGACCUCUCAGGGCGCUGUUGCUUUUUGAGCAUAGUGACGUGGUGGUCAUUGCUCUUCUGGCCGUCCUGUUCACCAGCUCGGGGGGGGGACCCUCUAAGACCAGAGGUGCUGCCCUCUUCAUCAUCGCAGUGAUCUGCCUCUUCCUCUUUGACAACGAUGAUCUCAUGGCAAAGAUGGCUGAGCACCCUGAGGGACAUCACGACAGCGCUCUCACUCAUUUCCUCUACACCGCCAUUGCGUUUUUAGGCGUUGCAGAUCACAAAGGUGGAGUUGUGCUGCUGGUGGCCUCCCUGUGUCUGAAGGUGGGCUUUCACACAUUCUCCAGGAAGUUAUCAGUAGAAUUAGGUGGAGCCAAACGCCUCUACGCCCUCGACAACCUGGUUUCUGCCAUGGUUCUGCUGCCCUGGGUCAUCGUGCUCUCAGUGACCACAGAAAGUAAAGUAGAUUCGUGGUCGUCCCUCAUCCUUCCUUUCGGGAUGAUCAUCUUCUCUGUGAUGACCCUGGAGUUCUACGUCGAGGCCGUCUGCAGCGCAAAGAUGGAGACGCCCAGAUGUGCCCGCUACGGCACCAUCGCCCUCUUCCUCAGCGCCCUGCUGCUCGCCAACUUCUGGACCCACCCACUGACGGACCAGCUGCGCUCCAUGAGCAAACCGCCGCAGCAGGUCAGCACGGAGCACGUGCUCUCCGGGGGAGUGUUGGUCAGCGCCAUCUUCUUCAUCAUGUCGACCAGCAUUCUCUCGUCUCCUUCAAAGAAAGGUCAGAGGGGCACCCUGGUGGGUUACUCGCCUGAAGGGACCCCUCUGUACAACUUCAUGGGCGACGCCCUGCAGCACACGUCGCAGUCCCUCCCACGGUUCAUCAAAGACUCACUGAAACAGAUCCUGGAGGAAUACGACUCCAGACAGAUCUUCUACUUCCUCUGUCUCAACCUGGCUUUCACCUUUGUGGAGCUGUUUUAUGGUGUUUGGACCAACAGUCUGGGGCUGAUCUCUGACGGCUUCCACAUGCUGUUCGACUGCUCCGCUCUGGUCCUGGGUCUGUUUGCUGCCCUCAUGACUCGCUGGAAAGCCACCAGGAUUUUCUCUUACGGGUAUGGUCGUGUUGAAAUACUUUCUGGAUUCAUCAACGGCCUGUUCCUGAUGGUCAUCGCUUUCUUUGUGUUCAUGGAGUCAGUCAGUCGUUUGUUGGAUCCUCCCAACAUCAACACAGACAUGCUGACGCCGGUGUCAGUCGGGGGGCUACUGGUCAACCUGGUGGGUAUCUGCGCGUUCAGUCACGCUCACAGCCACGGCGGCAAAACCUGCUCAUCGAAUGACCACGGCAACUCGCACCAUGGCCACUCCCACAGCGAGCACAGCCAUGGAAGUCACGGCCACUCCCACGGAAGUCACGGCCACUCCCACGGAGGUCACGGCCACUCCCACGGAGGGCACAGUGGACACGGCCAUGGCGGACAUGGGAACUCCCAUGGCUCGGGGGGCGGGGGCGGCGGCGGCGGAGGCAUGAACGCCAACAUGAGAGGUGUGUGUUACACAGAAACAAACCCAAAAGAAAGGAAGCGUUGCCAGAUUUUAGUUCUCAUGUUUUUUUUUUUUUAUUUGAUUCCAGGAGUUUACCUUCACGUCCUCGCUGACACUCUGGGCAGCGUUGGUGUGAUCAUCUCCACCAUCCUCAUCCGCCAGUUCGGCUGGCUGAUCGCCGACCCCAUUUGCUCGCUCUUCAUCGCCACGCUCAUUUUCCUCAGCGUCAUCCCUCUGAUCAAGGACGCCUGCGAGGUUCUUCUUUUACGCUCUCCCCCGGAGAACGAGAAGGACCUGAACAUUGCGCUGGAGAAGCUGGAGAAGAUCGAAGGAGUUCUGUCGUACAGAGACGCUCAUUUCUGGAGACACUCGGCCAACGUCGUCGCAGGAACCAUCCACCUCCAGAUCAUGGCCGAUGUGGUCGAGCAGAGAAUCGUGCAGCAGGUGACGGCCAUUCUGAAAGACGCCGGAGUGAAUAACCUGUCGGUGCAGGUGGAGAAGGAGGCGUACUUUCAGCACAUGUCCGGACUCAGCACCGGAUUUCACGAAGUUCUGGCCAUGACGCAGCAGAUGGAGUCCAUGAAAUACCUGCAAGACGGGACGUGCAUCAUGUGACGUCCGUACACGGGACCAAAUGAAACUUUUAGUGAUUCCUUUUCCUCUGAAAUGUACAGUGUAAGUAUGUGGUUUGAAUAAAUCUGAAUAUAUUGGUUUUAUCA